AUGGCCCUUUCGUACGUGCAGCCCUUCGGCUACAGUAGCGAGUCCUGCGGGUACUGCAAAGAUGUAUCGAGUGGUCAGAGAAGGCCCAAUUCUCGAGCCAGCUAUUACUUUUCGUCAAAAAGCCUGUCAGUAGACGUAUAUCAAAGCUUGGUUGAUCGCGGAUGGAGACGGUCAGGCACGAUCUUCUACAAGCCUGACGUCCUGCGUCACUGUUGUCCCCACUACACGAUCCGACUGCCUGCAGCCGAGUUGAAGCCAUCGAAAGACCAGCGCCGCACAGUCAACAAAUGGAACGAUUUCGUAUUGGGUGAAGACUACAAGAAGGGAGCUGCAAAACUUCACCCUGUGUCGAAAGAAGAAAAGGCGCGCCUCAAGAACGCAUUUGACCUUCUCCUAGAAGUCCAUAAAGCUGAUCUCGACAAUGUCAAGCAGCCACCAGAGCCUGCACACCGAUUCGAGGUGACGCUUGAGCCGGCCGACUUCACUACCGAGAAGUUCGAAUUGUUUCGCGACUACCAGUCGCAUGUCCACAAAGAAAAGCCGAAUGAAAUAUCGCAGUCAGGCUUCAAACGCUUCCUAUGUACCUCGCCGCUGCAACGCGUCGCUCGACAGAUCGAUGGGAAGUCUCAGAAACUUGGCUCCUACCAUCAAUGCUAUCGUUUAGAUGGUCGACUGAUUGCUAUGGGUGUGCUUGAUUUGCUGCCCCACUGUGUCAGUGGUGUGUACAUGCUAUAUCACUCCGACUACGAGAAGUGGCAGUUUGGUAAGUUGAGUGCGUUGAGAGAGGCUGCUCUAGCAAUUGAAGGUGGCUAUCAGUAUUAUUACAUGGGCUACUACAUUCAUACCUGUACGAAAAUGCGUUACAAGGGUGACUACAAGCCUCAGUACGUCCUGGACCCAGAAUCAUACGAGUGGAAUCCCUUGGAUGGCGAGUUGAAAAGCUUGUUGGAUCACAAAAGAUACGUUUCCAUGUCAAGGGAGCGUCAGAAGACAGACUCGGUGAAUUCUACCAAGGUCGAGGGCGAUGACACGGCUCAAAUCGACGAGGUCGACCUCUCAGAUUAUCUUCUGCCCAAAGCCGCCGAAGCUGGCGAUGCAGUACAGGGUGGCAUGUCACUGUUUGAAUUGAAGGUUCCUGGGGUUAUGACAGAAGAUGAGUUGUUAAGUACUUUGGAUCUUGGAUCAACGCCAAUCCGAGUGAGAGGUCGCCUGGCCGAAGCUCGACAUCUCGUUUCAUGGGACUAUGGAGGUAUACGUCAGCCGCACUCGAUCAAGGGCAUCAUUGGCGAGCUAGUAGCAUGUUUGGGGCCUGAAGCCGCGUCACAGGUCGUGGUGGAUCUGGGUUGA